CUCCCCUCACGCUGGGGCAGGGGGCGGGCGGGGGGACCCCCCCACUCCUCCCGUUACAUGCUGAGGUGGAGCCGCCGCCAGCACCCAGAGAAUGGUGAAUAACACCGAAGACCCUCAAGAAGCUUUAUAACGUCCCAUCCCCAUGUAAAGUAUGCUGAGAACUUUUCCAGUAGUUCUGCUGGAAACCAUGUCUCACUACACAGACGAACCAAGAUUUACCAUAGAGCAGAUAGACCUGCUUCAGCGCCUGAGACGUACAGGAAUGACCAGACAUGAAAUCCUACACGCACUGGAAACCUUGGAUCGUCUUGAUCAAGAACAUAGUGACAAAUUUGGAAGAAGGUCUAGCUAUGGAGGUGGCUCCUACAGCAACAGUACCAACAAUGUCCCAGCAUCUUCCUCUACAGCUACAGCUUCAACACAGACCCAGCAUUCUGGGAUGUCCCCAUCACCGAGCAACAGUUAUGACACCUCCCCACAGCCUUGCACUACUAAUCAGAAUGGGAGGGAGAGUAACGAGAGGUUGUCUGCAUUCAAUGGGAAGAUGUCACCUACCCGCUACCCACUUGCAAACAGCUUGGCUCAAAGGUCAUACAGUUUUGAAGCUUCUGAAGAGGAUUUGGACAUAGAUGACAAAGUGGAAGAACUGAUGAGGAGGGACAGCAGUGUGAUAAAGGAGGAAAUCAAAGCCUUCCUAGCCAAUCGGAGAAUUUCCCAAGCAGUUGUUGCACAGGUAACAGGUAUCAGUCAGAGCCGGAUCUCCCAUUGGCUGUUGCAGCAGGGGUCAGACCUGAGUGAACAAAAGAAAAGGGCAUUUUACAGAUGGUACCAACUUGAGAAGACAAAUCCUGGGGCUACGUUAAGCAUGCGACCUGCUCCUAUCCCCAUAGAAGAGCCAGAAUGGAGACAGACGCCUCCCCCAGUCACAGCUACCUCUGGGACCUUCAGACUACGGCGAGGCAGUCGGUUCACGUGGAGAAAGGAGUGCCUGGCUGUUAUGGAAAGUUACUUCAAUGAGAAUCAAUAUCCAGACGAGGCAAAGAGAGAAGAAAUUGCAAACGCCUGUAAUGCAGUUAUACAAAAACCAGGAAAAAAGUUAUCGGAUUUGGAGCGGGUUACCUCCCUUAAAGUGUACAACUGGUUUGCCAACAGAAGAAAGGAAAUCAAGAGAAGAGCCAAUAUCGAAGCAGCAAUCCUGGAGAGCCAUGGAAUAGAUGUACAGAGUCCAGGAGGUCAUUCCAACAGUGACGACGUUGAUGGCAAUGACUACUCUGAGCAGGACACUUGGCAAGUACGCAAUGGGGAGGAAGAGGGAAGAUGUUCAGAGGGAGGCAGAGAAGCAGAGAAGGUAGAAGAAGACAGGAGGAUCUGCUCCAAACAAGCAAGUUACACCAUUCACGCCACACGCAAUGAUGACAGCACUAGCCAUAGUGACCAUCAAGACCCCAUCUCAUUAGCUGUGGAAAUGGCAGCAGUAAACCACACCAUCUUGGCAUUGGCCCGGCAAGGAGCCAACGAGAUCAAGACAGAGGCUCUAGACGACGACUGAUACAAAGGAAGGGGAGGGUCAAAGCAAGACGUAACUUAGUUUUAGACGUAGCACCUUAGCAGACUUUCCUCGGUCCUUAAUAUGUGUUCUUACAGUAUAACUUUGCAGUUUCUUGUACGUCAGUUAGCUGUUAGGGUCUUGUUCUGUGAAGAUGGCAUGGUGCCCUCAGCCUUUGCAUAUACUCUCUCAGUAUUAAUUCCCAAUAAAUAAUCAAUCAACCAACCAACCUCCCUCUCCCAGCCCCAGUGGCUAGAAAAAUCUUGCUGCUCUGUCUUAGCAUUCGAAGUGCUUCCAGGUAUUUUAGACAGCCCUCAAUUACAAGUCUUAGGCUACACUUAAAAUCUUGGAUACCCUUAGAGAUCGUGUUAAAAAAGUAGUCUGUACGCUUUUCCUUCUCUGAGACUGAAAGGAUGCAAGCUGAGGUAGUGGCACAGGGCCGAUGGACAUCAGAUCGGGAGUAUCAACAGAGAGUAAAAAGAACACUAGAAACCCCACUUCAGCAUGGGAAUAAAUGAUUUCCAGCUGCAAUAAGCCGUGCCUCACUGGUCAUACAGUGACUUGAUAUACUUUUGGGUGCUGUGCUGAGAAUGUCCAUUGGAAACACAUUCACACAUUUGGGUUGAUGUUCACAUAUUCAACACAGACAUCCUCUACUCUCACAAGCUGCGUGGCUUAGUGGAUAAGUCCUGCCUUCUGCCUCUGGGACCAUGGUUGAAGCCCAGCCUGGGAUCAUAUAAAAAAUAGCUGAAUGUCUAAUGGACAACAGUCCACUUCUCAAAACCACUAUUCAUUAUUUGGCAUGGCUGGCAGUGCCUGCUCAGAAGAGGUCUAGACUCUAUUGAUCUGUCAUUAACAAUCUCACCUUUUAUUCUUCCUCUCACCUUUUCUGUCCCCACCUCCCCUCUCCACUUUGCCACUUUCAAAAGCAAUGUUUUCUAGGAAGGUAUUAAGGUCAUAAAAUGGGUGAGUGAAUUUUUACACAUCAGUGUAACUAAUGCCUAUGUCCUGACUAGCCUGAAAGUUUAUUGGAGAACUUUUGCAUCUGACCUUUGCUAGAUAACCAUCAUAGCAUAAGUAUUCUCCUAAAUAUGAACUUCUGCUUGUUUGUUUAAAGGCAGGAGGAUCUCUUACCUGAGAAAUGGGGUGUGAAUGUUUUGUGUUCUCUUUACUCUGUUCUUGUUAAGAUGUGAGAAAGCUAUACUGCUACGAGCAAUUUAAUUAAUAAUUGGAAGCCAUACUGAUAAUGGAUGUGGUAAUAUUUGUAAAGCAAACCUACUUUAAGUAGCAGAAACUAAUGGAAUUGUUUUCCUUGAUCAUAUGUAGCACUUUUGUUACUUUUUUCUUAAAGAUAUUUAUAUUUGAUAAGUCUUUUUUUUAUCAUUUGGGAAUUCAAAAUACCAAACAGCAAACUUGCAUUACAGAGUCACCCUGCGAUCACCUUGUCAUCUAGUAUCUAAAUGAUGAACUGUGUGUGCAUCUAAGAAAAUUACAUCUGCUGGCAUUGUGUGGAAAUGAUCUCCUGGCAUCCUGAUAAAAUGAUAUGUUGCUGCCGGUAAGAGGAAACAUUUCAAUGGAAACGGCACGGGAAGUGUUAGAGACGGGCAGGACUGUGUUACAUUAAAAAUCAAAAUUAAAAACCUAUGUAAAUUUUGGUAUAUAGAUAUAUCAAAAUUUACACAGAGUUUCCACAACAUUCCGGUUUUGUCUUCCCAGUUUAUGUGGGAAUAGCUUAAAAAGGGGAAAAUGGCUUACUCUGAAGGAUGUGCUUCCCUUUUCUCCCCUGCACAUCUAAAGGUGGAGGGAACGAAGGGAAGUUACUGUUACUUGGCUUGUUCUCAUCCCUUCCUCAUGCUUAACUAUCAGAUGGCAUUGUGAACUUCUAAAAUGUGGCUCCUCAGCAGGUUUUUAGCCAGCCUGAACCCUGUCAAGGCGUAGGCUAACUGGAUCAUCUUUACAUCUGUUAAUCUUGUGAAAAUUGCUUAGGUAAGUGUGGAGGAGAUUUUUGUGCUUUCAGAGGGCACAGAGUUGGCACCUCUUUGUCUCUCUGACUUUGAAUAUAUAUAGGUAGGGCUUGGCCUCGUCUUUCAUUUAUGGAUUUCAUUGGAAAAUUUAUGUGCUUUCCUUAGAUAUAGAUUGCUGAAGCAGAGCGAAGCAGUCUUUUUUUUCUGUUUUAUUGCAUUUCUUGAGUAGGCAAAUUCCUAAGUAGCAUCAGGGCAGACUCAGGAAAGAAAGGAAUUGGAUCAGUGACCAUUGCACCAUUGCAGUUUUUCUUAAUGUGUGUGUGAAUGUUUUGGUACUAAGGAGUGAAAGGAUGGGGAGAGUAUUUAUUUCUAUUUUUGCUCAGCAGAAUGAUCGAGCAAACUAUAGCCUUAGUGGAAUUUUACCUACUUAUUCACACUUCAGUCACACACCAAGCUGACAAGCAACAGCCACGAUUUAUAGUAAAGAGAUUUUAAUAAUUGAUGGCCUCUUUACGUUGGGAUUGCCACCACCAUUUGUUCUGGCUGUUUCAUUUUAAAAAGAACAGACUCAAACUGUUGGACAGCUGCAAUUUUUAAGAGAAAUAGUGCUUACUAUACCAUCUUAAAAAAAAAAAAAAGUCAUUGUUUCAAGCAUUGCCUUUUUAAAGCAAUAGUGAAGAAUAAAAGUAGUACUAGAACUUCUGUGUCCCAAUUAUGGGUUCAUGUGAUGCAGAAUCAAAAUGCCACUGAGAUUGUGUGUCUGUACCAUCUAAUGUAGAAUAAUCUGUCCUUAAUUCUGGUUGCAACUGUCAGGUAGCUGCUGCUCUCAUCGUGCAUCAAUAUUCUAUCUGAAGGUUAAACAGUUAAAACCCUUGUGAACAACUGAAGAUGGGCAGAUCCUCCUUGUCAUUAAAUACCAUCUUCUUACCAGAGAAGAUAGCAAAUAACUGGAGAAUGAGACACUUCGGUUCCAUGGUGUCGCUUUUUGAGUUCCCCUGUUUACUUUAGCUUUUCUUUGGCCAUCAAGAGGUACAAGGAAAGAGUAAGACUUCAGCUGCUACCAGGAUGUUCAUGGCAAUCUAUUUUCUAUUCCGAAAGUUCAUAAUUAACAGUUUGCAUUUGGCUAAUAACUUUUUGGCUUGACAUGAAUUAACUAAUAUGGAACAGAAGCUGGUGUGAUUAUAUCAGGAGAAAUGCAUGUGAUCUAGAGUAAGUGAAAGAAUUGGUGGAGUGUCCUGGAAUUUAGCCUUUGUUCAAGGUUUUUUUCUGCAAUCUGGGAGUUGUCUUUGGUUUCUGGAUUUUCCUGAAAAUUAAGCCUUAUUUUUGUAGCAUUGCAAUUCAGUUGCAAUUUGUUGUAGCCAAUCUGCAGUUAACUGCAGUUUGUUCUCAUGUGGGUUCCCUUGAAGUGAAUCUGAUGGCAAACCAGAUCUACCUUUUUGUUCUGUGAAUAGAGAAGAAAUUAUUUAAGAUGCUUCUCUUCUGUGACGGGCACAGAUGGCUUUUAACUUUGUAGAGUAAGUUCUGGCUGUUAUUUUGUCGCUCAUAAGUCCUUAUACUUGAGUUGUUGUCUCCUACAGUCUUCUUAAAACAACAGUUUCUACCUCCACUUCUUUUUUGUUGUUGUUGUGGUUUGGGUUUGUUUGGUUUGGGUUGUUCUUUUUGUAGUUCUCUUAGGUUUGUGCUGAAUUAUGAGAUCACAGACGUUUGCAAUGGCAUUAUGAGUUGAUAAAAUAAGUUGACAUAGCAAUGAGCAGAUGUGUUAUCUGUUGAUGCCCUGGCAUUAUAGAGGCAUCUUCUAAAUGCUCUAUAAACAUCUUUAUUGUAAUCUCAUUACUGAUAUGUUGGAUGUGACCAAGUUGGUUGUGAGUCAGCAGUGCACCCUCUUAGCAAUUAAGGAAUCUCGUUAGGAAGAGCCUUCAUCAGGUUGAGGAAAGCAACUCAUCCCCUCUGCUUAUCACUUGUGGGAUCAUCUCUGGAAAACUGUGUGCAGUGUUGGACAGGAGUGAGUCCACUGUAGGGCUGCUGAGAUGAGAGGGUUGGAGCACAUGUUGUGCUCAGAGAUUGCAAGAGCUGUGCUUAUUCAGGCAGGUUUGGGGGAUAUCCUGUGUUGUUUUGUUCAGCUAUCUUAAUGGUUGAGUUUUGAGAAGACAGAGCCAGGCUCCUCUCAGUGAACAGCAAAAAAGGUGAGGGGCAGUGUGCUCAAGUUGCAUUAAAGAAAAUCUCAGAUGAAUACAAAGAGAAAUAUUUUCAUACUGAGAGUGGUAGAACAGUGGCCCAGGAAGGCAAUGGAAACGCCAUCCUUGGGGAUAUUCAAAACUCAACUGGACAGUGUAGAAUUAGAGACCUCCAGAGGUCUCUUCUGACCUAGAUUAUACCAUGAUUCUGUACAAACCUGUUCAGUUUGAGCAAUUUCCUAGUUCUGAUCAAUACAUGUUGACUUGUUAAAAGAAAUUACCUUAAUUUGUAGUAGUUGUUUGUUGGUUUGUUUUUUUGGUUUUUUUUUUCCUGUUUUACUAUUCAUAGUUAACUUUCCUAUUCUACUAAGAGAGGGGAGCUUUAUUUGCAGGGUCUGGCUCCAGGCUCCGAUCAAAGCCAUAAGUAAUAAAUUUCAUUAAUUAUUUGCUCUGUUUACACAGUUCUUCAGGGAUAUUUCAAUUACUCUGUCUGUUUCAUUGCCUAACUUCAGACUGGUAAGUUUUCCAUGUUUUUGUAACAUUUGUGCUGUAGGUCAGUUUUUUGCCUUUGUUUCUGAGGAUUUCUCGUUAUCUUGCUGCUGUGAGUGCAGGCAAAAAUUUCCACAAAUUAGAGGAAAAAAUGUAGUUAACUUAAGCCCACUAUGAUAAACUAGAAAUUUUUGGUUCAGUAAAUCAUUACUUAGUGAUUAUCAGAAGCUGAAAAGGGUGUGACUGGAAAGAGUCACAUUAAACUCACUUGGAUCCUCCUUUUCUUCAAGUGCUUGCUGUUGGCCACUGCUAAGAAAAAGAAACAUACUUCACUAGGCAGACUUUAGGUCUGAUUUGGAUGUUAUUUUGAAAGGAAAUUUUGAGUUCCCCUGUGUGGUAUAAAGUUGCCCUUUCCAAUGAGAUGCUACUUGCAAAGGAGUAAAAUGCAAACAUUGUGCUGGCCUUUCCCUGGGGUAAUUGAAUCACCGAGACAUGUGGUAGUUGUAACAAGGUUUCAUAAGGAAACAUAUUUUAUUUUUUUCAUAGAUAAAAACAUAAGAGUUUUCAAAAUUCAAAAUCGCUGCCCCUAAAGUACUUAAUGCAGGAUGUUGUUUCCCUGGGUGCAAUCCAAACUACAAAACUGGAUUCACCCCUCUCUCUGUAAAUUACUAAGAUUCAGUGUGAGAUUUUGCCCAUAGUGCUGAGAACUGCAGAUGUUUAGUAGGAGAAGAUUCCCUCCUCUUUAUUCCUGGAAUUUUGCUCAUUUCAGGUAAUAAUUUUCUUACCAGGAGGUUUAUGUUCCUCCUCCCACCCCAGCUACAUCAUUGUACAGCCCUCGUUCCUCAGCGUUCAUCAGCUUCUUUCAAGUUCAUUGGAUAAUUACCAGCAAAUUCUAGGUUUGGGUUUUUUUUUUUGUCAAAAUAAACUUUACUCUUAUUUUAGACAAGGCUUCCCACCCAAGUAGCUCUUGCAUUCUUUGAAGUUAUUUAACUUGCUAAUAUUAUUUUGAUCAAAGUCUUAAGCAUGUAGGCAAUAAUAUUGAGUUUGGUGUAGCUUUUAUCAUUUGGCAGGAAUCUUUGUUGGCAGGAUUGGUCUUGAAAACUGUGUUAUGUGUCAGUGACCUAACGUGUUCAUUAGACAGCUGAAGAUUUUGUGUGUUUCUUGAAAGCAGCAGUCAGGGUUGUACGGUGAUCCUGGCUAAUUUACUGGAGUUUUGUGGAGCCAGACAUUUUCACUGUGAUUUCUUGGAAGGGAAGGUUGAUGGCCUGACCAAAAAGUACCUUGCAGUUCCCAAGAAGAGUUACAGAGGCAUUUCAAAGCAAAACAUUCCCCCUUGGGCUGUUUUUUUUAGUAGCUGGGAUAACUUACUCAGGAUAUUGAAUCAGUUAUUGGCCAACAGGCAUUUGGCAAGAUGAAAAGCAUGGCCCAAAAAUCUACAUUUUAGCAUCUGUUACUGUUGUCUGAUAUAAGGGGUUUAAACUGUCUGACUUAAGGUGUUGCACAUUAAUGAAAAAAAAAAUAAUAAAAAAAAAGAAGCUUUCUAGAGAUGGCAGCUGUAAAUUUGAAUUUAAAAUACACAAAAAGUACUUUUCUCCUUUGUGAGAACUGUGUUAUAACUAGAGGAAUGGACUUGGUAGUUUUGUGGACUUGUCAGUAAGAUGACAGCAUUUUGAUGCUGGUUUUUGUCCAGCAAAUAUAAAUGAAAUAAAAUAAAUGAAAGUAAUCUCAGUGGCCCCAGAGAGGUGGGGAGAAAAGUGCAAGCAUCUCAAGAGUCGUUCAUCACUAACCUUGGCCUUAGGUUUUAACACUUUAAAAUAGCCUAGAAUUGUUUGUUCAUGCUUUUUUUCACAUAGGUGUCCAUUGAACAUAGGUGAGGCUGUAGCUAAGGUGAUACUGGCACAAUUACAAUGAUCAUUGCAAACGAGUCUCUGUUUUUGUUAAGGUUCUUCUGUCACACUGUCUUUAUGAAAAUCUAUAUUGUACUUCAGCUGUAGCUUUCUGGAAAAAAUAAGCAAAUAUAUUGUGCUCUUUCCCAUUCUUUCCAGCAAGCUUUGGAGUGCUCUGGCCAUCAGCUUAAGCACGAGUGAACUAAAAAACCAUUGAACUGGAGUGAACUGUGUAAUGGGCCUUUGAUGUUUCUGUGUGUACAGUGCAUCUCUCACUCAGAUGGCUUGGCAGAAGGCUCUCUCUGCCAUUUAUUCCCUCUUCCCGCCGCCUUUAAAUGGAAGCGGGUGUAUUCUGCUGAUCAAAACAUCCAGCUCACUUCUGCUAAAUCCUUUCAAACUGCAGCCAGGGUAAUUGGGAUGGGUAGGAUAAAUGCAUAAGAGUAUGGCAGUAGAAGAGAUGGCAGUUCUUUUGAAUGACUGGGUGUCCUCCUGACAUGUAAUUAGCUGCUUUAGAAAGAUGUGGAUUGGCAUGGUCAUAAUUAAAAGGAUUUCUGUCUUUUCUGUGAUUGAAAACAGAAGAUCUUCCGCCCCCUAAUUCUCUUUAAUACCACUGUUAUUAGUGACACUUGGAACACAGCUACUUUGUAUACUUAAAUAAUGACCUGUUCCUAAUGGUAACCUACAACAGCAGAGAUUGAAACUGAGUUGGGUUUUCUAUGCAAAGCUGUUUCUCUUGCUUUUGUGUUCUGCCCCUCUUCCCUUCCGCCCCAUGUAUGUAUUGCUUCUCAGUGAGCUUUAGAAACAAAACAGGCACUUAGGUUAUGUGUGGCAGCGUGGUUACAGAUUACCCAGGGUUCUGGUUUACCUCUUGAUUUGUUUUAGAGUUGUAGUGCUAGGGAAGAGGAUCUAUGGUCCAGGACUCUGCUGAACUACUCAUCCUGUGUUUUCACCCUGCCCAUGGGUAGAGGGGACCAAUUGGACUGUUGUCCCCAGGUUCCUGAAGCAGGGGAUGUAACUGGCUCUACUGUGGUGCUCCCAGUUCUUCACAGUGUCUUGGUUUGGAAGCCUUAUCAGCAGUCAUUGCCAAGUAUAUAACCCUGUUGCCCUCAAGCUGUCUGCGGUCUCCUGUUGCAUUUAGCAUGGUGUAGUGAUAGGACAUAACUCCCCUUUGUCUGAAGGAAUCUCAACAAUAGGCUGCAACCGGAUACUUGGCUGAACAGUAUGCCUGCCAUUUAUGAUAGGAGAGGAUAUAUGGUGGUGACCUAAACUAACUUUAUAAUCUUUUUCUCAUGUUGCUAGAGUUUAAAAAAACAUCUGUCACAGGGAGUUACGUGCCUUUUUAUUCUGUAUUUUUGUGAGAAACAUUCUCCAUUGGCCAGUCUUGAGGACUGCAGAGCCUGUGCUCCAUUUUUGCCGGUAAGUUUCUUGUCCAUGGUUUUCUGUAGUGGUUUUCUCCUGCUGUAGUAUUUAUCAGACUGAUUUCUGGAGUGUUUUGGUACGCAAAGAUGUGCAUAGAGACUCUUAGUCCAACUUAGGAAGAUUGGCAGAUUCUGAAAUCCAGCAGACUUGCAGAAGAAGUUAAGGACUUAACUUACGUAGGCUCUUAAUUUAAAUCCUUCAGUUACUUUUCAGCUUCUUUGUACUGAAAAGCUUGUGUAAAUCUCAUCCAAUGUCACUGUGGUUCAGAACAGACCUGUGGGUCAUGGGUACUUCAGUUCUUCCAGCACUACACUCACAGUAGCUAUGGCAGCAACUUCUUUCCUAGGACAUGUAUUUUCAGAUGUUAACUUGCUGCUAUCACUGGCCUCAGUUCACCUUCCUAUCCUCUACUCCCCACUCCUUCUCUUUAACUAAAGUCUUCCAUGUGUUACAGCAAGAUGGCAUAUGUAGCUUAAAUAACCCAUCUCUCUAAUUAAGAGGUUGACUUUAGCCUUUUGAGAUAUGUUUUACAUCAUUUGAGAUUUAAAAAUACAUUUUACUUACAAAGUUUAUCUGUCAAAUCACUCAAGGAGGGCAAAGAGAUAAUGAAAGUAACUUACUAAUUAAUAUUUCUCACCCAAUAUAUUCCAUUAAGAAUAUUAAGCAUAUAUUCCAUUCCUCAAAGCACAUUUGACUUUGGAGAUAUAUAUAUUUUUUUUUUUUUUUUUUUUUCCCAAGUCUGCCUGCUGAUAAAGUUGCUGCUAUCUCUCUUUGACAGGACUGUAGUGACAGUAGUGAAAAUACCCUUCAGGAGCUAACCAGAGCCAGGAACUCAGAAUAUCAGCUCACUGACCAGGUUUUGCUAUACCAGAGUGCAAGCCAGUUCAUUUAUGUACUAUAGCAAGUAAGGAGAUCUUUUCAAGACCAAAAGUGAUACAGACUUUCCCUUGCCACUGUUCUUCUGCUCAAAAGAUUUGAUAGAAUUUCAGAGUGGAUUGUAGCAGUAGGAGCAUCCCACCUUUCUACACAUCAGACAGAGAGAUUAGGUGGAGCUACACUGGGGUCAGAAUGGCAAAAAAGAAAUUCCACAUGUUGCUGUGAAGGACUGAGUGCAUUGCACAAAGUGUGUAACUACUACUUGAGGAGAGCGAACUUGGAUACUUUAUUGAUAAGAGAGUUGAAGCAGUUGGAAUCUUCCACACAAGUUUCUUUGUGCCAACAUGUUGUCAAAGCACACCAUAUAGCAUUAUAAAGUUUGUUUAGGAGUUGUUACUGCAGUUUGAGACAUGCUUUUGUUCUGUCUGUUGCAGGGGUAGUUGCCUGUUGGUUUAGCUAAACAUUUCCAUCUUGGGCCACAGCUGUUUAUUGGACAGUUGCGUGUCAGUACAGCAGGGUGUCUGGUUAAGAGUCAAGGAAGUAUCCAUCAAGAAGAUAUGGACAUUAAGAAGAUAUUGUAAAUGUGUUGAGGAAAAAAAUAAAAAUAUUCCAUUUAUGUUUACAAAUCUGUUGGCUACAAAUAGUAAAGUUUGUAAAGAGCUCUAUGGUAAAGGCAGACACAUUCAUUUAGGGGACUAUUAAUUUAAUUUUAUUUUUUUUUUUCCUUUGGAAGGGCAGGAUUGUUCAUUCAUCCUAUUGGAUGAAGCAGAUAGGAUAGGGAGUUUGCAUGAGAAAUUGGGAGGCCAUCUAAUGUUCAGGGUCUCCUUGUAGGUGAUAGACUGGUCCCUUCUGGCCUUAAUUGUAAAACUAUGAUUCCAAAGAGGUAGACUUGUCUUUUAAUCUUACCGUUAAAACCAGUUCAUAGUAUUUAAUAAUUUAUAGAUAUUUGAGUACUAGAGGGGUUCUCUGCAGUAAGAACUUCUUUUAAAAUAUGACUUUCCAUCGGAGAACAUAUUGUGCCUUAUGUCUCUAAACCACCUGAAGUUCUAGUUAUGUACGAUAAGUAUCUUUUUAUACUUUUUACUUCUGUCAUAAUGGGAAUCAAACUUUUGUUUGAUUUUGUAGUUUUGAUAACUUUGGUGGUUUCUGUUUGCUGCUGUUAUUACUUAGAGUUGCUCCAGUAUCUUACAGGUUCAGUCUGUCUGUUCACUGACACCACGAUGCAUACUUUCAUGCAGGUCAGUGUUCAGUAGCUAAAGUAGCUCUGGAACAGCAUUAUUCUGUUAAACUGUUAAUUUUGCUUCUAAUUUGAAAAUAAACAACAAAAAGAAAAACCCAACCACUAACCCAAAGCCAUGAUCAGUCUGAAUUUCUAAUCCUAAAUUCUUUGUUCCUCUUCAUAAUAUUAGACAUUCAGGUAUAUGAUUUUCAGUUUUUAAGGGCAAUAUUUUCUAACCUGAGAACAUUCAACAUGUAAACUGUUCCACAUGGAAAAAAUUUGAUCAGUCAUGACCAUUUCCUCAGCUACAGUGCCUCAAGCAACUGUUGGUUUUUUUACAAAAUACUUUAAUCACUUGCCAGAGUGCUUCAAAAAAUAUCACAGCCACCAGAAGUUCUCUUGCUAAAGUGAUGUCUCCUCUUAUUUCUUACACUGAGCCUGUAUUUCCUUGAAGGAAUUCCAGACAAGUGUUUUGAGUUAUACCUCCUCCACCUGCUCUGAGCCAUUCACUUUCCUCUGAAGUUGAUUCUGGUUGGUACUGGGUUUGUCACACCUUAUUUUCCCAAACUUCAGUUUUUUUCAUAGAGGUAAUUUCUUUUAUCUUUCAUCCAAGCUCCUUCACACCCUGAUAAUCCUAUUUUACUGGGUUUACCAGUGUUUUUCUUGUACUGAAGUGCUCUGACCUGAACCUGUUGCUCUUACGCUCUCUAACUAAGGGAUACAUGUUAUUUUCAUGCUAAUAAAAAGCAAUCCAGUGUACUGCUGAAGCUUAGAUUUGGUUUAGUCUUAUGAAGUAUUCUGAAUUUUCUGCUGCCCAAAAGAGCUCGUGUUUUUCCAGCAGGGUUAGUCAGCAGCCCUGCUCCUUUCCGUCAUUUCAGUUUUGACGCUUAAAUUAGUAAAUCUAAAUCAGGGAAGUAGUAACUUUGAAGUGUAAUCUUUCUUUAUUAAUACUUGGACUGUCUUUUUGAGUAGGAAGACUGGUACUGGGCUGUGCACUUCAGCAGAUACUUGGCAAUGUUCUGUCAACUUCCUUGCAAAAAUACAGGUAUAGCACAGAUACGGCAGAAUAAUUGGAGGUGUCUUGCACACAGUUGCAGUCCUCAGGUUUAUCUGUUUUGUUGAGUUCUUCGUGCUGGUUGUUUGUUGCCUCUCCCACUCCUGGUAGGACUCACUUGUUGUUCUCUGAGCCCUUUCUCCCCUUUCACAGUCUUUGGUGAUUUUUACCAUUUUAAUUUUGUUCUUCCCUGUUUUCCCUUCUUUCUCCUUCUCUUUUUCCCAUACAGGCACUUUAUUACCCUCACAACUUCAAGCAGUGUAUUUAUAGACAUUAUUAAUUCCAAUAAUACCACUUUUGUCCAAGUCAGGAGAUGUUCACCUUUUCUUUUGCCCGUUAGGUGGUGCCGUAUCAGCUGCUUACUUGAAGUCCAAAUAUAUAUUGUCCACAGUGUAGUGUAAAUAUGAAAAAUUUUGUUUACUCUGACCAUUGAAGACAAAAUAGCUCAUAAAUUCAGUCAAUUUAUAGCAGGUUCUUCACUUAAAACCUCCUGUGUGAAGUAAGGCUGCUCCAAGACUUUGGACCAUGGUUAUCAGAGAAGGACAUGGUAGUGGUGUUUUUUUCUUUCAUUUUAUUGUGUCUUGCUUGCGCUUGGAAGCUGUUUUAAUCGGGGCAGUUGUUUUUUCUUGGUUAAUGUGCUGUUGCCUGCUUUUUUAACGUUAGGGUUUUGAAGAGGAUGUGUGGAUGUUGCAUAGCUUUACUGUGUACUUAACUGGCUCCUCUGUCACUUGAUUCACCCAGGUUUUGGGAUCACUUCUUACAGCCAGAGUAGCUUUUUGUUAUUAUUUUUAAAGUUCUUUUUGAUUUGAAGAGGUUUGGCAAAAUGUGAAAUUACGUUUCCAAAUGAAGAGUUAUAAUGAAAGCAGAGUUUGAAUAUUGAACUUCCCAUCUUUCAGUAUUAGCCACUGGAUUUUCUCUUCCUCUUUUGGAAUGUCAUCUGGAGCCUUGUGCUGAACUAAAGCUUGUGACUUUGGGGGUCCUCUGGGGUCAGAGCCCUGUUUGUUCUUUCAAGAGGGAGAGAUUUUCUGUUUCAUCACCUGUUGCAACACCAACUCAAAAGCAAAAAUCCUUUUACCUGGCCUUUGGCUCUAGCUGAACCAUUAGUAACAUCUUCCUGGAUCUUAACCCUCUGGAUUUGCUGCCAGUCAUUCUCCAGGGUUAUGGGACAGCACUUUGCACACCAGUACAAACCAGUUCUGUGCUGCUGGCUUAAACUGGGAGAUCACCUUGUCUCUUUGGGAGUCAGACAUCAGAUCUGAAAUGGUAGUGGAGUUGUCAUGCCACAGAACCAGCGUAAGACAUUAAAGAUAAUACAGGAAUUACAAAUUUAAAUGAGAUUUAGUUCAAUAGCAGUUCUAUCAAAGGGUGACAAAUAAAAGUCAGUUGUGUCCACGGGGAGCACUAUUUUCUUGACAGAUCGCUUUGGCUGUCUCCCUCUUGGUCUUUAUGAUCUUCCCAAGGCUGAUGAAAGCCUGGGAAGUGUGAAAUAUGUGCAGUACUUUUUUUUUAACUUUUUUUUUUUUUCUUAGUGUCAAUUUAAAAAGUGCCUAAGUGAGUAACAGGACUCCAGAGUGAGCUGGAGGAAUAGGAUUAGACUUCAUUUCCCUCUUAAGAGCCCUCCCUGCAGACCCCUCUGCAUGUACAACUCCAGGCAUGUGGUGGGAGUCCAGAGCCCUGCAGAAUCCUGCUGGAAAGAAAUCUCUGCUCCUUCUUCAUCCUGCCCCCCUUGGUUUUCCAUUUGUUGGUGGGAUCUUCUGGACAAAUCUCAUUUCUCAGCCAAACCUUAGCAAUCUCUGAUCUGGGGGUGGGGGUGGGUGGGAUGGGGGAUGACAGUUAAGAGGGAGAGGCUUGACCAGGAUUCAGUAGGAAACUGUCUCUUGGAUUGCAGAUACAAACAGCUUUGUGCGUUAAACACACACCUCUGGAUAAUCACCUGAGGUUCUGGGUAAAAAAGCUAAUACACAUGUUUAAUCACCCCUUUUUGGAAUCACACAGGCAGUUGCUUCCUAUAUUCUUAAUUAUUUCUAGGCUUAUAAUAGUGGCACCUGCUAAACACUUUGUUAAAAUUAUUUCAAACUGUGGGCAGGUGGUUAUAAUUUUGUAAACAUACAUGAGAAUUUUAUGUGGGUUGAAAAAAGUAAGAUAGACAUCAAUGCUAGUUUAAAAAAUUGCAUUAAAGGAGAAUUUCUUCUGACUAUAGUAAAAGGAAUAACAGAUCGCUAUUAAGAUGUAUUAGUACCACUUAAGGAUUCAGAAAAUGAAAGCAAUCCACAUGUAGAUGUUUUAUUUUUCACUACUAACAAAAUACUGUUUUCACUCGUGACAACUUAAUAAGGUAUGAGUUGGGAAAGCCUGGGAAAUUACUAUUGGCAAGUAAAGCUAUAAGGACAUCUCUCUUACAGGGAAGAGAAAAUGAGCUUGUAGGAUGUUGAUGGGUGUUGAUAUAAGCAAUGAUCAAAUGGGAAUCUAUUGCUGGGGUACUAAAGAAAAUGAAGUAUUUGUGGAGCCUGUAACACACAGGGAUCGUUGGGCGUUGUACCACCUCCCCGCUCGAGAGAUGCCUUCUUUGUAACAGUGAUUUUUGUUUCCUAAACCAAGUGAUUGCCAAUAACAGUGGUGGUGAUUGAAAAAAGGUGAAUGUGGUAGUGAGGGUUACAAACCUAGAAGUGAAACGACAGUGGAACAGUAUCAGAGGCACAAAAAAUGAAGCAAAACCCCAUAAACAAAGUGCUGGGGAGUCGUGUUUUUAAUUUCAAAAUGUUGUGUGUUUGAAUUUGGUUCCACUGUCACCUUGGUCAGGGGCAGGGGCGUCACAUCAACCCUGCGCCUCUGGUAAGGGCAGGUGAGCGUGGCUGGAGUGGUAGAACUGUGUGUGUUGGAUGGCUGGCAGUCGCCUGUAGUUACUUCACCUGUCUACCAAAUGCAUCAGUAGGCCAAGGUGAGCUGUGUCCCACCUCAGCUGGUCACCAGCAGGUCCUUCCGUGUCUGUACGUUCUUCCGUCAGCACCUUCCACUCGUGUCUUUGUUUCUCCUGCCAUGUGCCCUGACGAAAAUGGCACCUGUGUCUCAUCUGCUGUAGGUGUUCUGCCUACCUCAAGAGGUAAACAUGGUAUCCUAGACUCGUAUGUUCACAGUCUGUUCUUUUUUACAUGAGCACUAGCACAUGCACACACACACACACACACACACACACACACACACACACACACUGGAAUGUAUAUUCUCCUCCCCUCCCCCCCAACCUCCAAAUAACCUCUUGACCUGAUCCUUGCUGUAGCCACCACCAACUCCUCUUGCAAAAUUGGAUGCUGCUUUAAAUGUGAAAACAAAUGUUCAAGAAGCUAUAAAACCUGAAUGAAAGCUAAAGCUGAAUUUAUAAAGCCUUGUUGCAUAUGAGCCAAAAGUGCAAAAAGCUCUAUAUAAUGAACUAACCUGCCACUCAUAUAAAUAUAAAUAUAUAUAAAUAUAUUAAAAUCAGACUGUUCUACAAAAUUGUGUAUUUGUAUUUUUGUGUACGUACAAUUUUCUGCUAAGCAGAAGGAGGAUGUAGUAUAGGAUGAUGUGAGAAGAGAUUUUGUUUAAUCAUAUUUCUUUGUUACUUAUUUUUGUUAACAUCCAGAUGCCUGUCUUUGUCUUAUGUGUAUGACACUGUUCCAAAGGUGCAGUAUCUCUCUCCCACCCGUGCAUUAAACCUCUGCCACCAUCUGUGAGUUGGGUAUCACUCCACAUCAUCACCAGACCUCGCAGAUACCCCUAGAUCCUGGUCUUGACAAGGGCUGCUUGUUCAGCUUAAAGAAGAUAUCAAAGAAUAUAUCUUUCACAUUGGCAUUUAACGGGCAUGUUGUGUCAUUGCUCUAAACAGUAAUGCCAAAUAUUUGUGUGCUGGUUGGUUGCUCUUCACACAGGUGUUCUCCAGGCAUGCUGUCUGCACCAGCCUUCUUUGCUACUGGGCCUCAGCCUGAAAUUUCAGAGGGGGGAAAAUAAAAGGAAAUUGAGUAGGAUGGACAAAUCUUUGUGUUAAGAAGUUGCUUAUGGGAAAUAAAAAAAAAAAAAGGAGCAAGGAAGCAGUACUGUGUAUCACAGGGGAUGAAUCUCAGGUAACACCACCACGGAGGAAGAUGGAGGGAGAUACUGCAGGCAGCUCGUGUUCCCCACAACUGUCUGCGUGUUGCCCAGGUGUAGUUUUGCUUUCAGGAGGGCAAGUUGGCAAGGUUAUAGGUUGUUAACUUGCCCUCUGCCACUUCAGACACAUCAUUCCAUCCCUGGCAGGAGCUGCACAUGAGCCACUUGCAUCUCUGUGGCUUCAUGACUGUUCAGUCCAUUGCUCUAUGAACAGUUGUUCUUAUUGGAUGAGAUCCAUCUCCUAAUGGCUGGAUGCCCUUUUAGUAAAGAUACUGAUUUUUUAAGAAGAAUAUUCUAAAAUCUUCCCCAAAUCACUGCAUUUUCCUGCAAGAUGCUGAUGGUCCAUCAUUUAUUGCAAGGAGAAAAGUGAUGGGUUUUCUCCCUUGGUGCACUUUGGAAUUGUUACCCAUUACAGAGUGGAGAACUGUCCAGGGAAAGAGGGCUCAAAGGAGAGUUAGAUAAAACAGGAUGUAGUGGAAAAAAUGAUGCAAAACUUUGGGCACGAGGAGGUGGAAGUUAAGCUUCCAGUUCCACUGCAGACUUCAGACCCUUGAGGCAAACCCUGAGGUCCUUUCUGUGUGCACCAGUGUUCCCAUCUCUGAAAUGCAGGUGAGAGUUAAUACAAUCUGUCACAUCUUCCUCCAGCGGCAGGUACUGUGAACGUGUGGAGUAUCCACUUCUUCCCUUCUGCCCUUUGCUCUUUUUUUUUUCCUUUUUUUUUUUUUUUCUUCCCAUUUCUUUUUUUAAUAACAUUUUAUUUCUACCACUAUUGGAACUGAAUUUUGGCCCAGGGAGAGCGAUACUGCAUCUUGACAUGUAGGGCUCAUAUUUAUAACAAUGUGUAAUGACUGUAGCAAAAAUCCUUGUUUCUAUAUGUGAAUGGACAGAGAAACAAGUGCUCUAUUGUAUUGAUUAAAAUAGUUAAAAUGAGUCCUGUAUCAUUGUAUCUCCUAUUCUGGAUUAGUGCCUUUUGGACAGUAGACUGUUCUGUAAUUAAAAUGUAGUAUAACUGCUUUUUUGUACAGUUUUGUUUUAAUAAAACUUUUUUUUAAUUUGUGUUUAUUUUAGUAUUGUACCUAUUAGAAAAUAAAAAUGUAUAACUCAACAA